AAUUUCAAAAAAGUUGAUAUUAUCAAAGUGCCAAAAAGUGUGAAAAAAGUUGAUGAUUUUUGUUUCUAUGAAUCUAUAAAAAGAGGGAAGGUGAUGUUUGAAGAUAUAGAAAACGUAGAAAUUAGUGAGUUGGCAUUUUAA